AUGCCAAAAUCCAAUCACCACCAACACUCUCAUCGCAAGCGAACAGGUCCCUUGUCUGUGGAGGAACGGAAAGCAAUUGCAACCUCUGCCAAAAGUAUCAAUCUGAAUACCAAUCCAUUCGAAAAUAUUCGACAACAACGUAAAAAACAAAUUUUAGGAACAAACACCUCUCAAGUUCGUCAUACCAGCAAAGCCCGAUCCAAUGAUAUCAACAUUAGAAAGGACACCUUGUUGAAGGAUUUUUGGAAACAACAAAAACCCUCUCAAUUUGUGGAUAAGAGACAAUUAGCCUUUGAAAAAACUCUUUCCAAAGUGGAUAAAAAGAGAAAAAAAUUUCAAAUCGGAGAUGAUGAGAAUGAUUUAGAUGAAUUGGAUCGAGGUAAAAAAACAAAACUCUCUUCCUUUUCAGCAUUGGGUGAUAUCGAUGAGGCUAUUGAUAGAGAUUUGUUUCGAGAUGAUUAUCAAGCAGAUGAUAUUGAUUCCAAAUUUAGUACCAAUGAUGAAGUUUCUGUAUUGAGAAAUUUAAAGGGAAUUGCAAGAGGUGAAGUCUCUUCAACAUUUACUCAGCAAGAUCAAAUAGAAAGAAAAUUAUCGAAAAGAGAGAGAAUGAAUUUGAGAAUUAGAGGGUUCAAAGAAAAGAAAUUGGAACAAAAGAUGGAAAAAGAAGAGAAUUUAGAAAUGAUUCAAUUAUUAGAUAGUGAUAUGGAUGAUUUAAUGAAACAUUUAAAUGUUGUUUCAAAUCACAAGUCAACAAACAAGGAAUCUAGUACCAGUGCCUCUACUACCUCUACUAGUACUAAUACUACCAAUACUAAUACUAGUACUACUACCACUCACACAAAGGAAAGUUUAGAUUAUGAUAAUUUUAUGGAAAUGAUUAAGAAGGGAGAGGAUAUUGAUUUGAAUGUCUUGUUAUCUAAAAAGAACAAUGCUACAAACAUGUCGAAUACUUGCCAAAAAGAGUCCAUCACUGAGAGAUCUGAAGAAUUCACCAAGAUUGAGGAAUUGACACAGAAUGAUUCCUCUUCUGAAAAUAAUGAUGACCAAAGUGAAGAAGAGAAUGAAAUUCAUUCCGAACAAGAGUCUUCUGACAAGAGUGAUGAUUACGAAGAAGAAGAAAUUGAUUUAGAAAAGACGAUGGAAGAGGAUGAAUCAACAAACAAUGAUGAAACGUCCUAUCUUAAGGAUAGUUUUAUUAAUGAUGAUGAAGAAGAUGUGGAACAUGAUGAGAACAUUGACGUUCGUAACGAAGAGGAUCCUCAAGAAGAAGCUGAUGAUGACAAUGAAUCAAUUCAAAGUACCGAGUCCAUGAAUGAUGACGAAUCAGAGGAUCCAUUUGAGAAUCUUCAUGGAGAAGACUCUGAAAUGCUGCAAGAUUCAACAACAUUACAAGCAUCCGAUGAAGAUUUACAAUCUCUUUAUGAAUUAUUCAAAAAGAGUGAUGAAACCAAUGAUGAGAAUGUCUUUUCUUCACUUGUGAAAAAUAAUUCCAAAGAUGAAAAUGAGAAACUCUUUUCUACUCUUGUGACCUUGAUGGUGAAACAAUUUGGAUUUUCUGAAUGGUUACUAACAUCAUCUAAGAAUUUCAAAACACACCUUCUAGACAAAACUCUCAAUGCUCUCUUCUUAUUAACAACCAAAUUACCAAAUGUGGCUCAUGAUAUAUUUCAUACCUUUUUAUUAGAAACAUUUAACAAGUAUCAAGAUCAGACUCUACCUAAUUUAGGAGAAUUACUUGUAUUGAAAAUGAUCACUCGAGUGUAUCCUCUGAAGGAGAGAAUGGAUAGUCCUCUACUUUCUCUUACUAAUUUAUUGAUUCAUCUCUAUUUGGAAAAAUCAUCCAAAUUUGUCAAUCCAUCCAUGCCCAUUACUAUUUGCAAGGUGUUGUUUUUAGUGAGUCUUGCAAUCAUUAUUGAUUGUGAAUGUACUUUUUAUUCUCCAGACGUGGUGAAUACUCUUAAAUUGGUGUUAUCCAUGUCAAGAAGAAUCAACAACAGCAAUACCACCACUUCAAGCAAGAAUAAGGUUCUAGACUCUGUGAAUAAGAAUAAGACUAGUAGUAGCUCUGAGAUGCCUUCUCAAAAGAUGGAUUUAUUGAGAGCUCUUUAUGAAGAAGAUACAUGCAAGACGAGUCAUGACACCAUGUUGUUGUUGUUGUUGUUGAAUGAAACAUGGGCACAUCAUUUAUUGUCCAUCUAUAGUCAACACUUGGCCAAAGAUUUCUCCAAAUCCAUCGUUUCCAAUGAACACUACAAGACUCUAAUCAGCACUAGUUCUGAUGAUACAAUCAUCAAAACGAUUCACAGACACCAUAUUGAGAAUUAUAAUAUCAUCUUUGAGGGAUUCUCUUCAUUCUCUUCCAUGAUGACGAAUACCAUCAAUAGUACCACCACUGCUACCACAUCUGCUACUGGUACUACUAAUAAUUCCACUACUACUGCUGGUACUACUAAUAAUUCCACUAAUAGUACUACUAGUACCACUUUUACUCCCUUCAUUCAAAAUAUUAAUGAAAUCAAAACACCUCUCAAUUACAAGACCAAACGUCCAAAACCAAUCACUGAAUUUGAACCAUUCCUUGGACAUUCUUCUGAAAUUGACUCUGUGAAGAGUAAAUACAGUUAUUCAAGUUCAGAUCCUCAACAAACCAAAUUGAAAACACUUCGAAAGAAGAUUUCAAGAGAGAAGAGAAAGGCCAUGUCUGAAUUGAGAAAGGACAAUCAAUUCCUAAGAUCUGCACGUGAACAAAUUGCCAGUGAAGAGGCAUUUGUGAGAAAAGAAAAGUACAAGGAAGUAUUGGAUAGUUUGAGACGAGAACGAUUGGAACAAAAUCAAAUCGAUCGAAAGAAUAAGGAAAUUGAAAAGAUGAAAAAGGAAAUGAGAAUUAAUAGAAAGAAUGUUGGAAGAAUGAGUGCUGCAGUGAAUGGAAAGAGUGACUCAAAGAAGAAGUAA